AUGGCAAGGGGGCGCUUCGCCCCCAACGCCUUUCAGCACAAUGGCCGUGUCGCCCUGGCGCUGGUUCCCAGUCUCAUCGUGCUUGGUGGCAUCGGAGGGAGGCUGGUGGUGGGGAUGCUGCUGGUGGGAGCGAUGGUAACAUACAUCAUGGAUGCACUGCGGCUAAGGGAAGCUGCUUUUGCGUCUGUGUGGUUCACACUGGUGGUUGCCAAUAUAGGGUUUCUGACAGGCAUCCGUGGCCUCAUGAAGGGCCGAUCUGCUGCAUUGACGGUGGGCAUAAUUGGCAUGAUGGGCGUGACCCUCAUGCUCCAUGGGAUAUGGGCCACUGUCCAGUUCAAAUGGAUCCAAAUGCGUUACCCCAUGGUCGUCCUGGCCAUGGAGCGGCUGCUGCUGUCCUCCAGCUUGGUGUUGGGCCUUGUGGUCCAGGGCUUUGGUGCAGCUGGAGCUGUGGGAAUCGACACUGCCCCCUUCUACAUGGCUGCACUGGGCUGUGUGUUGUAUGCCCUCUGCAUGCUGCCGCUUCCUUCCUCGUUUGAAAAGAAGGUGUGA